UCAUUAAUUAUUUUUAUAAGAAAAGAUUAGAGAUUGUUUAAAAAAUGACAUAGAUAAAAAAACUAGGAAUACAAAAUGAUCAAUUGAUCAAGAGAGAGUCUACAGAUCUGCAGAUAUUAUUAAAGUCCAUCUUAACAAGAGUUUGUGCUUGUUCAUUUACUUUGCCGCCAUUUUGCGAUCGUUCAUUUUCGUUGCGCGUCAUCGUUAAUAUUUUCCGCGAAUAAUUCGACACUACUACCAGAAAAAUUUGAGACAGACAAUUGUACCAAUGAUUUCUACAACGAUUUCGAUUGGAAUUCAACAAUUACACAUCGACUCGCUAGGUCGAGCUGGAUACGGAUAGUGUAUUCCCGCCAACAAUGUCAUCGGCGUGCUAACCUUAAAUUGAGACGCGAACUAAGACCGGUUACUGAAAGAUCCUAAUAGUUCGCCGAUUCUGGCGGAGAUUUACUCAACAUGGCUAGUGAUAUGCAAGAAAAGUCCACCAAUAAUUUGGAGAUUAAUUUGGAGAACAUGGGGUGUGACAUGGACGAAGAGGGCGGCUUGAGAGUGGACGAUGAGAUAUACUUCCCGCCACCACCGACAACUUUCUGUGAGGUGGAUACAAAUGGGCCUAGACUUAUGAUAAGCAAGAUCGUUAACAAGAAUUUCAAGAGCUACGCUGGCACACAAAUUGUUGGACCUUUUCACAAGCACUUCUCUGCUAUAGUAGGUCCUAAUGGUAGCGGCAAAAGUAAUGUGAUAGACUCGAUGCUGUUUGUAUUUGGAUACCGUGCCAGUAAAAUAAGGUCAAAGAAGAUAUCAGUUUUAAUACACAAUUCCAGUCAACAUACAAGUAUAAAUAGCUGUACUGUAUCCAUAUACUUUCAUAGGAUUAUUGACGAGCCUGGAGAUGACUACAAGAUUGUUCCAGAUAGCGAAUUUGUUAUAUCCAGAAGAGCAUUUAAAGAUAAUUCAUCAUAUUAUGAGCUUAACGAAAAGAAGGUGCAAUUUAAGGAGAUUGCCAAGCUUCUGCGAUCUUACGGAGUUGACUUGGAUCAUAAUCGGUUCUUGAUUUUGCAGGGCGAAGUUGAACAGAUCGCAAUGAUGAAACCUAAAGGACAAAACGAGCAUGAAACAGGGAUGCUGGAAUUCUUGGAAGACAUAAUCGGCACUUUUCGUUAUAAGGAGCCAUUAGAAAAAUUAACGGAAAAGGUCGAGGCAUUGACCGAACUUAGAGUGGAAAAGUUACAUCGUCUCAGAAUUGUACAAAAGGAGAAGCAGGUUCUAGAAGAGCCUAUGCAAAAAGCAGUACAGUACCUGAAAACUGAAAACGAUAUAAUCAGCUUGCAGCAUCAGCUCUUCCAUUGCCGAAGAUACCAAGCGAAGAAGGAAUUUACAGAGCAUGAGGCAAAGAAUGAAAUGUUGGAUAAGGAGGUAGCUGAGCUAGCAGACGAUUUGAAGAACAUUCGCAAAGAGAAGGAGGAGAAGAUCAAAGUUAUUAAGAAUAAAAGUAAAGAUUGGGACAACUUGCAGCAUCAGAAGGAUGAAGCCACAGCGACGUUUGACAAUGUGCGCAAGAAGGAUGAGUCUCUGCAUGCUGAGCUAGUCGAAACGAACAAACGACGAAAAUCGCACAUGACGUCUAUCAAAACGGAGAAGGGUAAAUUAGAAGAAUUACUGAGGGUGCCGGAGAAGAAUACAAAAGAUAUCCAAGAGUACGAGCGUCUAGCCAAUACUUACGGGGCUAAUAAGGAGAAAGAAGAAGCAUCAUUGUCGACUUUGAUGGCGGAACUGAAAGAGAAGACGAAACCGCUGUUAACUGAUCGAUCAAAGUUGGAGAACAAGUUGAUAUCGUUGCGGAAGAACGUAGAUCAGGCGAAGGCGACGUACGACAUUGCGCAGUCUGAACUAGAAUUGUACGUAUCAGUGGAGAAAGUGGAAAAAGAGACAUUAAACUCGCUCCGCGAGAUCAUUAAGACGAACACGAGCACUAUUGCGGAGCGGCAGAAACAGCUGGCACUGUUCAAAACAAAAAUUCCAGCCACUGAGCGCAGUCUAAGACAAGCACAGAGUGAGAUGAACGAGGCAAAGACACAAGAGGUAGAAAUGACCGCUCAGUUAAGGAAGUUACGAAUCACUUACGAGGAGCAGCGGUCCGCUAUGCAAACUAGCAGGUCACAAAACCGCGUCUUGGACUCUUUGAUGCGGGAAAAACGAGAAGGAAGGUUACCUGGAAUAUUUGGGAGACUGGGCGACUUGGGUGCUAUCGAUGCCAAGUAUGAUGUCGCGGUAUCGACAGCGUGUGGUCCGCUAGACAAUAUUGUCGUAGACACGAUGACCACAGCACAGGCGUGUGUCAAGCAUUUGCGUGAGCACGACAUAGGACGCGCCACGUUUAUACCGUUGGACAAACAGCAACGAUUUCUGUCUAGAUGCAGUCGCAAGAUUAACACACCAGAGAACGUUCCCCGGCUGUUUGAUCUAAUACGGGUAGAGGAUGAGCGCGUGUUGCCGGCGUUUUACUAUGGUCUACAGGAUACUUUGGUAGCACAAGAUCUGGACCAAGCUACACGUAUUGCAUACGGUAGCACACGUUACCGCGUGGUAACGCUGAAAGGCGAGCUGGUUGAGCUCUCGGGUACAAUGAGCGGCGGCGGGCGGACAGUACUGCGUGGUCGAAUGGGUCAGAAAGUUGUGAGGAACGAGCCGUCAAACAAAGACAUCGAACAACUGCAGUUGGAGUUGGAUACCGUUUUCAAGACGUGCAAUGAGGCGCGUGUUUGGCAGCAAACGCUGGAAAACCAGAUCCACGUACUGACGACAGGGCUGAAAGACAUGCAGGUGGAUCAAAGAAAAUUUAGUAUAGAGUUGCAGACAUUGAGGGAGCAGGAGCCAACUCUGCAAACGCAGCUGAAGCAGCAGGAGAAGAAAGCCGCUGAAGCGAUAUCAGAUCCUAAAAAGGUUGCGCAGAUGGAAGAAACUGUGCAGAAAGCUAAGUCGAACAUGCACGAAGUCGAACAGAGCUCGACUUCGGUGGAGAAGGAGGUAAAGUGCAUAAAUCAGAAGAUAAACGAAAUCUCGGGCAAUCGGGUACGCGAUCAGCAGACGAAGAUCACCAAGCUGAAUAAAUCGAUAGAAAAGACAAAGGCGGAGAUUUGUCGCUUGCAGGUAGCCAUUAAGACUGCCGAGCGGGAUGUUAAAAAGACGGAGAAACAUAUAGAGAGACUGGAGAACGACGUACGCACCUGUGAGCAACGAUUAAGAGACAUUCAACAGGAGAAGUCCACGCUGGAGGAACAGGCUAGAGAUAUAUUAAAGAAGCUGGAAGAGCUUAACGAGGCGUUAGUGGAGCGCGAUAAGGCCAUGUCUUCGUUAAAAGAGGAAUUAAAUGUUUUACAGUCGAAAGAGGACAAGAUGAAGGCGACGAAGAUCGACUUGGACCAGAAACUCCAAGAUAGCAGGAAGCUGCUCAAGGAGCUUCAGCAAGUGAUUCCCGAGUUUAAUCGAAGGAUAGCCAAUUUGAAGCCACACACGAUUGCCUAUGAGAAAGAGCAGUUGACAUUAGGAGAACUAACGGAAGAAGAAAUCAUUAAGUUAGACACCGAAACGAUAUUGCGGAAUAUAACGAAAACAAAGAAAAAAUUACCCCCUCAGGUACCUAACAUGAACGUAAUCAUGGACUACUAUGAAAAGGAUUCGCUCUACAUAAGCCGUACAGCUGAUCUCGAAGAGGUGACCACAUCACGCAACCGAAUACGCGAUAUCUACGAGACAGCUAGACGACACAGAGCGCAGGAAUUCUUGCAUGGCUUCAACUUGAUCUCCAUGAAGUUGAAAGAGAUGUACCAGAUGAUGACGUUAGGCGGCGACGCGGAACUGGAGCUAAUUGACUCGCUGGACCCGUUCAGCGAGGGUGUUGUCCUUAGUGUGCGUCCGCCCAAGAAGUCAUGGAAGAAUAUCGAAAACUUAAGCGGCGGCGAGAAGACCCUGAGCUCGCUCGCGUUGGUAUUCGCUUUGCAUUGUUACAAACCCUCGCCGUUAUACUUCAUGGACGAGAUCGACGCGGCGCUCGACUUCAAGAACGUCUCGAUCAUCGGCAAUUACAUCAAAGAACGCACGAAAAACACUCAAUUCAUCGUGAUUUCCCUACGGUCAAACAUGUUCGAAUUGGCAGAUUACCUGGUGGGCAUCUACAAGACGCACAAUUGUUCCCACUGCGUGACUCUGAACGUGGGCAAGUUUUACGAGAAAAAUGGUAUCGCGCCCCCUAUGCAGCUCACCUCGAAAAACGCCUACGCGACCCAGACUGGCACGCAAAAGUCCACGUUAACGCAACGCAGUUGCCCGCCAGCCUCACAGAAGAAGAUCGCAUGCGAGAAAACACCACUCGUAACUACCAACAAUAACGCGAAGGAGACACAAGAUCGCGAGGAAACGAGAAUCGAGCAUUUGAACGUUCCGCAUUCAGACGAGUACACGGCGCCACCGAAAAUGCUACGACGCUCCCGCAGACUCAGCAGCAGUAGCAGAUCUAGUCAAGAGCAGGGGAAUGUUCAGCAGCCAUCGGCGAAGAAGAAGCGAGCGAAGUGAUAGACGAACGUGGAGAUUCGUUUGCGAAAGACAAUCACGAAGUUCGCUGUCAGAACUUGGUGUUAAUUUUUUAUCGUCCAACAGAACAAUUUUAGCGUAAUAAAAGAUUUAUAAUAGCGUAGUAGAAAACGGAAAAAGGAGAGGUGUAAAUAUCUUAGAUUAGAAACUGUUUAAUGGUCACCGGCUGUGUUGCGUGAAGAUCAGAAAAAAUACGGAAUGAGUACGAGAGAGAAGAACGCGCCUUACAUAGAUAUACGCGCCAAUUAGUUUUCCUCGCGUCACAUAAACGUCACUAUUUUACAUUUUGCAUUGACACGCGAAGUCGCGCAAUAAACGAAGGUGACAUGUGUAAUAUCAUAAUCAUAAAUCAUUUUUUAGCCUUA